AACAACCAAUACUACUACACCACCACAACAACAACUACUACUACUACUACUACUACUACUACUACUACACUUAUGCUUUACUCCGUGCAACUGGUGCCGAAUCUGCGCCGGGGUAGUCGCACGCUGAACACGCGUCUGGUAGGUGCGAACACGCUCUCGUGAUAUUGUACAGUCGUCGGCCGAUCCGUUCCGUUUUUCCAUAUCAUUCGAUAAUAAUAUUAUUUCGCGUACGCAUCAACAGUAAUACAAUUAUUAUUUUUCGCGUACGCGCUGUAAUAUAAUAAUAUUAUUAUACAGCAGUUAUUAUUAAUAUUAUCAUUAUAUUAUAUUGUUGGAAUAUAUUGUUUUAAAUCUGUGCGUCUCGCGUCUUCACGAGGUAUUUACCGAGCGUUUUGUUUUUUCACACCACACGUCUUUGUGAAAAUCUAAAAAAUUAAGAAUAUACAUUUAUAGAAAAUAAUUCGCAUUUUCUCUACCGCGUGUCGCGUAAAAAUAUAUUUUAUUACAUACUAUUAUUGUCUGUCGUCCGAGUGGUGGUGCCGUUCGUUUAUAGGACUUGAUAAUAUCAUCAUCAUAAGUGCACGAAUAAUACACGCGCGUAUGGGUACGGCACAUCAAAGUUCGCGCACACGAUGAACACGAUGGUCACGCCGUUGUCCGCUGCAGCCAUCGCCGUCUCCGUCUGUCAUUCGACCGUCGUAAACGCAUCGUUCUACCGGUGACACGAGAGCCGCCGUACACCGCCGAAGUAAGUGUAGAGAGGUAGAUCGACGACCAUACCGAGUCGUUCUCGUCGACACCGAAUUUCCGCGACAGUGUUACGCGUUUGGAGCGCCGCACAGUGCACGCCGCUCAGCACGCGCUCCGGUUUCGUUCGUGCGUCUGCAUCGUUGCACCGCACCGGUACGUAUCGUCCCGCGCACACGCGUGUACAGAGACGUAAUACGCCUACACACCGCCGCACACCGUUACCCAACACGCGCGGUACACUAUGAACUCGCCGCAAAUGUACGACACGGCACCGCAGCCGCACGCACAUCAGCCGCAUCACCAGCUCAGCCAACAGGAACUGGCGAUGGCCGCCAAGAAAGCACAGCUCGGGCAGCUCAAGAACAGGUACGACAUAUCGGAACUGUCCACGCCCGAGAUAUCGCUCGACCUGCAGAACCUCAUCGACGACAGCCAGUUCAGCGAAGGGCUGUUCACGGAGAUCCUGCAACAGGGCCAGGUCAAGUUGCCCAACGGCACCGGCGGCGGCCGGAACGGCGUCAACCAGAACGGUUUCAACUCGCGCACCACGCUCGCGUACAUGCCGCAGCCGGUGCACUACGAGAGCACGCCGGCUUCCGCGGGCGGUCCCAUCAAGGAGGAACCUCCGGAGUCCGUCGAGUUCCGGAACCAGCAGCAACAGCAACAGCAGCAACAGCAGCAGCAGCAACAACAACAGUACCUUAGCAACGGCCAGGGGGGUGCGUUCCAGACGUCUCCCGUGUCCAGCAACGGCAGUAGCUCGCAUCUCAAGGCCCAUCACCACAACCACCACCGGAAGUCGAGUUCCGGCAGCAACAAGUCGGUGGACAAGAACACGGACGAGUACAAGAGAAGGCGCGAACGGAACAACAUAGCGGUCCGCAAGAGCCGGGAAAAGGCAAAGAUCCGCAGUCGCGAGACCGAGGAGAAGGUCAAACUGUUGGUCAAAGAGAACGAGCGGCUGCAGAAGAGGAUAGAGCUGCUCAGCGAGGAACUCAACGUGCUCAGGUCGCUAUUCACCAACGUGGGCGUCCUGCCCGAACACCUCCACCGGGAGCUCAACAAACAUUUCGACGCCUAUCCACACUUGCAGUGAACCAUCACACGCAUGGUUUCAAGAAAUUGGCAUCGAUGAACCCGAUGCAAUAUCAUCUCCUCUCAAACUUUUUGGUAUUAAACAGGAAUAUUUUCUGACCUGUUUUUUUUUUUAUUAUUAUUAUUAUUUUUAUUAAGAUUAUUACUAGUUAGAAUAAUAGAAUGUUAUAAUUGUUAUUGUUCAUAAAAAUCAUUUAUUUAAAAGUUUCUUCGAGACUUCACACAAAAAAAAUAAAAUGAUAUAUUAUGUAUUAAUGUAAUAAUCCUAUAAUACUGUACAACUGCAGAACAUCAGUAUAUAUACGUUAAAAUACAAAAUGAAAAUAUAUUGGCGGCGGCGCUCAAACGCUGAGCUACUUAACUAAUAUCUUAUAAUAAUAUCAGUAGUAAUGAUAACGUAUGGUAUUAUUUUUGUUUACGUAUAAAAAUGUAGAGCAUAUUAUACUUUCUUUAAAAAGAUAUUACGAAUCUUACCGAAACCUUUCGAUAUCGAGUACCUAUAUUUUUAUACGAAUGUAUAUCUAAGACAGAAUAUUAUUAUAUUAUGAACUAUUUAUUUAUUUUUCUAUUCGUACAAAAACCCCUUUAUAAUCUAUGCAAAUAUAUUAUUAUUGUUUUGAAACGCCGCAGCAUUAUUUACCCCUCCUUUUAGGUUUGUAUAAAUGUGCAUACGCCACGAGUGUUCAAUUUUUAUUACCUAUCGUUUCGGAGAUUAUUGCUCGUCUUCUUGUAUUUUCUCUUAUUAUAAUAAUUAUUUUACUUACCUAUUUUUUUUUUUUAUUUGUACAUACUAUUAUACAAAAACAAAUAACCGUGAGAGGAUCGGAGUGAACGAAUCGACCAAAUUAUGUAUAAUAUUAUUACUGUUAUACGUACUUAUACAUUAAUAUAUAUAUAUAUAUAUAUACUAUAUAGUCCCUACGCCGUUUCUUGCUGCUAUUAACAACGUCAGUGGAGAUGUAUAAUAAUAUGUUUAUAGAUUGUCUAUAAGUGUUGUACGAUUGUAUUGUAUAACAAAAUCGUAAUUCGGAAGUGUUAUCAUCGGCGGACAUUUCUACCAAAAUGUAAAAACACAAAUGUUCGACUCACCAAGACAUGCAACAUUUGGAAACGGUAAUAAUUUUAAAAUGUUUCAACACUGUCAUUAAAUUAUUAUUUGUUUUCCAAAAUAUGCUGUUUGGGUUGUUAUUUGUAUACGUAAAACUUUCGGUGAUGACACCAAUACAUCUGUACAAAAUAUACAUAUUAUUUACCACGUGCGUUGUGUACGAAUGUCCGUCGCCCGCAUGUUCAGGGUGUACGAGUAACUUUCAGUACGAAUUUAGAUCUGCGUUCGUUACGACCGGAGCAGAAUAUUUUGUUCGCGCCCAGAAAUCCUAGUACUUAACUAUGAGUAGGUGCCAAGUGUUCGAGCGCAGAAUGUGCAUAUUUUAAUUAUCAUUUUUGCACUGUACAAACAGAGGAAGUAUUUAACGGAGUAUCGAUUACGUUCGGUCGAAAACAUCUUGUCGUUAUACAUUUUUUGCCUUAAACCCUCGAGCGACGGAAACACGUUAGAGUAUUCCUUGGUCACGUACUACUCCUCCGAUCCGUAAAAUAAAUAAUAAAAAUAAAUAAAUGUAUUAUAUUGGGUUGAAAAGUUAUAAUAAUAACUGCCAAAAUUGGUUAGGUUUUUUUUUCUUAAUCUUUUUUCGUGUUUUUCUUCUUUUUUUACAAUAAUAUUUUAAUAAAUUCUUUCAAUAUUGUGAAACACUGUGAUGUCAAAGUGCCUAUAUAAUUAAUAAUAAUUAUCGUUAUUUUCAUACCUGAAAAAAUAAACCAAGAACAACAAAUGAGUUACCUGUGUAUAGCAUACUAGGUCCUAGAGCCAGAUGUGAACCACACCAUGCCAAAACGUUUAUUAUAAAUGAAAGGAAAAAAAUAGUUACCUAACGAAAUUCCUAAUUUAUUAUAUCGGUAUAAUGUUACCCGUUAUGUAAAAGUAGAUUUUAAAUAUAUCUAUCUAUACGUAUAUAAUACUUUAAUAUACACUAAAUUAAUAUUAUAUAUUAACCGUUUUCUUUAUUCUUUUCGGCCUUUCGUAAAAAUAUAUAUUUUACGUCUAAAUACUAUUUUUUUAAUCGAUUUUUUUACUAUUAAUAAAAAGUUACAUAUUGUAUAAGAUUUACGAAAAACUGCCUUUGGCUCAACAGAGUUUAAAAUUUGUUGUAAAUACCUUUUUAUACAUAUGUUGUAUAAUAAUAAACAUUUUGUACGUUUUGUUUGUUUUUUUUUUUAAUUUUAAUUUAAAGUAUAAUUUUUUUUUACCUAUUUAGUAGUUUUUUCUAGUCUAAAAUUAAAUUUUUAUAACUUGUAAGAUAUCAUAUUUUUAGCUAUUUAAAAUAGUACCGCGUAAUACAUAUUUUUUAUUUUUUAUUAUUUAAACAUAAUUUAUUUGUAUAGGUUACAUACAUUAUAAUAUCAUAUAAAAUAUUCUGCAGUUUUAGUGUUAGUAUAUUUUUAAAAUAUUAUUAUGUAUUUAUGUUAUGGUUUUAAUAUUAUAUUUUUCUCUUUGUUUUACAUUUUUUUCGUUAUUGAUUAAUAAAAAAAACUUAAAAAAAACUUUUA